AUGGUGGACGGUACGAAGCUUCCCAUCCACGGCGAAGCAACCUUGCAGCUGCACAUAGGUGCGUUGAGAUGGAAGCCGAAGCUACCUGUUACCAACAUCAAAGGGUUAGAUUUCAUCUUGGGGCGAGAUUUCCUGAAGCGGUUCAACCCCGAGAUCGAUUGGGUCAACAGCAAGGUGUGCAUCUACAACAACGGGAAGCGGAUAGCACUACGAAGCUGGACGGAUACAGGAGACAUUCCGGAAACAACACUGGCACGGUUCGAACGGAUGGUGAACGAGGGCGACGCGGGUUACGUAGCACUGGUCAUGGCAGCAGCAGAAGAGGUGAAACCGGGUUCCGAGCUACCCGCAGCAGUGAAAGAAGUCUUGGAGCAGUACAAAGACAUCAUGCCCGACGACCUACCUGCAGGCGUACCUCCAGCACGCACCCACGAGCACGAGAUCGUGGAGGAACCAGGUGCGAAACCCGUCUCACGUGCACCAUACCGACUGAGUCCGACCGAGCUGACAGACAUGAAAAAACAGAUCGAAUAUUUACUGGACAGACAACUGAUCCGCCCAUCCACAUCUCCCUACGGUGCACCAGUUCUCUUCACACCAAAACCAGACGGCAGUUUACGGAUGUGCAUCGACUACCACGCACUGAACAAAUUGACAGUUAAAAAUAAAUACCCCAUACCGCGCAUCGACGACUUACUGGACCAACUGCGUGGUGCAACAGUUUUCUCGAAGCUGGACCUACGGUCGGGUUACUGGCAGAUCAAGAUGGCGGACAACUCGAUCCACAAAACGGCGUUCCGUACGAGAUACGGCUCCUACGAAUACUUGGUGAUGCCGUUCGGACUCUGCAACGCACCAGCAACGUUUCAGGCGGAGAUGAACCACAUCCUUCGACCCCUGCUGGACGAGUGCGUAGUGGUGUACCUGGAUGACAUUCUCAUCUACUCUAAGAACAUGAAGGAGCACGUGGAGCAUCUGCGGAAGGUGUUCGAAAUCCUGCGGAAGAAUAAGUUCUACGUGAAGCUGUCAAAGAGCGACUUCGCACUGGAGAAAGUGCAGUUUCUCGGGCACAUGGUGAGUGCCAAGGGCGUGCACGUGGACCCGCGGAAAAUCGAAGCCGUUAAAAAGUGGAAGGUUCCGGAGAACGUGAAAGAGUUGCAGCAGUUCCUCGGCUUCGCCAACUACUACAACAGGUUUGUGCCGCAGUACGCUAAGAUAGCAGCGCCACUGACCGACCUACUGAAAAAGGAUACGCCCUUCAGAUGGAUCCUAUUAGAGGAAUUUCAUGACGUACCUUACGCGGGACAUUUCGGGAGCAACAAGACGUUAGCGGGAAUAGCGAAGUAUUACUACUGGCCCCGGAUGGCAGCAAACAUGCAGCAGUUCGUCACCUCAUGCGACACGUGCCAGCGGAUGAAGAGUAGCAAGCAGAAAAAAGCAGGGUUACUUCAACCUCUACCCGUACCGGAGCAGCCAUGGCAGGUCGUUAGCCUCGACUUCAUCACAGGACUUCCCUCGACCUCACGGGGACACGAUUCCAUCCUCGUAGUAAUCGAUAAGUUCUCCAAAAUGGGUCAUUUCAUACCGACCAACGCCACAGCUACAGCUGAAGCAACUGCUCGCCUCUUCUUCGACCGCAUCAUCACCAUCCACGGCAUCCCCGCUACACUUAUCUCAGACAGAGACCCAAAAUUCACAAGUAAGUUCUGGAAGGAGCUUAUGGGACUGCUGGGGACCAAGCUUGCCAUGUCUUCAGCAUACCAUCCCCAGACUGACGGACAAACGGAGCGACUCAAUCAGGUGGUUGAACAGUUACUGCGUACAGCUUGCAAAGACGACAUCAGCCACCGGGAUUCACAGUUACCAACCUUAGAGUUCGCUUACAACAACGCCUCACAUGCGGCCACAGGGAAAACCCCUUUCUUCCUGUGUUACGGACGGGAACCACUCACACCACAGCAGCCAACCACACCGGCACACGUCCAAGCCGCACACGACUUCGUCACCACCAUGCAGCAGCUAUGGGAGAAGACUCAGCGGCGUCUCACCACGAUGCAGAACUCCCAGAAGCAGUAUGCCGAUCGACAGCGACAAGAUCACUCAGUAGCAGUCGGAGAUCAGGUGCUUCUCGACACGCGCAACUUGAACCUGUCACACCUACCAUCCAAACUCCGGCCUCGCUUCUGUGGUCCUUUUCUCGUGGAGGCACAAGUGACACCAGUUACAUUCCGCUUGCGCUUACCAGAUACGUGGAAGCUUCACAAUGCUUUCCAUGUUCAGCUACUGAAACCCUACAAGGACCCCAACCAACAGUUCCAGGGACGGCAGCUACCGCCACCUCCACCUGUUCUUGUGCAGGAUGAACCAGAGUACGAGAUCGAGCGCGUUCUCACUCAUCGGCGCCGCGGCGGCAAGACCCUCGAGUUCCUGAUAUGCUGGAAGGGAUACGACCCCACUGAGGACAGUUGGGUUGCAGAAGCUGAUAUGGGCAACGCACGCCGUGCUCUCAAGGACUAUCUUGUCAAGCAGGGUGUAUCUCACGCCACCCAGCUUUGA